AUGGCUUUGUUCGCGAGGGCUGGCCGAAGACUUGUGAAGCUGAAUGCAACCACUGGUCCAAUUUGGCGGGUGUCGACAGCAACGUUGCAUCUUGGUCGUGUAAAACGAGGGGAAUAUGAUUAUGUACCACCAGAGGGAUAUGACAAGACGCAGUUAAAGAAAGGGGAUCGACCUGAAUUUAUCGACCAAUCAAAACUAAUGUCGCCUCGGGAACGAGCAGAAAGAGCAUCGAAAUAUAACCUAAUACCUGAGGAUUAUGUCCCAAUGGAAGGGUAUGGGGAUUACCCGAAAUUACCGAACGAAGCGGCGUUUGAACGUGAUCCAUAUUACGAUUGGGAUCAACCAGCGUUGCGUCGUAAUUACGGAGAACCGAUACACGUUCAUCAAGAAGUUUACGAUCAGUUCUCUGCUCUCGACCGAAGACCGUUAAUGUUAGACCGUCGACAUUACACACGGUUUUUAUUAACUCUCGCUGGAACUUUGAUCGUCCUUAUCAUCAUAGGGGGAAGGUUUCCCAGAUUUGCCCCGGUGGCUCCGAUCCAAUAUCCAGAAGAAUUUCCACAAGACGAUAAAGCUGGCACAAACGUCGGAAGAGAUUGGUGGUAUACUGAGUUUAAAUCCAAAGAAGUUGUCAAUUAUGAUUUUAAAUAG